GGAAGCGUGGGCCUGCUGCGGCUAGUGAGUAACUCUGCCAGGCGCCCCUGCCGCUCCCCCAGCUGACAGCUGCCUACGCUUCACAAUCGGAGCCAGUUUAUCAGGAGAGGGGGAACAGGCACUUUGAAGCUUGUUGCCAUCUCGGUUGCCGUGGCAGCAGCAGUCCUGUGUUUCCUGACAUGGGGAGCGGUGGUGAGUACAGCAGCUGAGCUGAACGAAGAGACGCCCAGGCGAUUCAAUCGGUUGGGGUCCCCGAGAGCCUGUGGGGAGACUCGUGGAUGGGCCUCUGGCACUCCACCCCACAGCUGGAUUGCACCUCCUCUGUGUGCCAUAGAUCUGGAUCUGUGAGAUUCCCCUUGGAGGCUCCAGAGAAAGUGCAGUAUGUAAAGCAAACAUCAGUACCUGAGACUAAGCUCCACUGACGACCCUUCAAGGGAGGGCAUCCCCACUCCCUCAUACCACCGGGCCAUAAAUGUCCCACCAGAAGCAGAGCAGCUUUCCUGGCCUGCCGUCCCAGUACAGCAGUGAUGGAUGCUUCCAGCAUGGCACUGACAUGGGGGCCUCAGGCUGGGCUGGCCAGGAUUCUGAGAGCUAUAGAAGAAGCCCAUGGGCAUCUCGACCCUGUUCUGUGUCGGAGCUGGAGAGGAGCUAUACAAACACCUACCCCUUGUCAGGGGUCCCCUUCAGAGGAGAGAACCCUCUGAACGGGACGCCAGGACCCUGGGAGCCCGACCACUCAAACAGCACAUGGAGAGAGUCCAGCAGGGGCUUUUUUAGCCCCAAGCACAUCGAAAGAGCCAGGUCCUUGAGCCCCUUGCGAGGGAUCCACUCCAUAGAUAGUGGGAUAGUUUUAACCAAUGGCAUGGAAUGUGCCUGGAAACAUUCCAGCCCACCACUCAGAAGGAGGCAUUCUUUAUCUCGUCUCCCGGACUGGGACACAGAAGAAUAUGGUCCCAUGCGGCCAUUGGCUCGAAGGGUGUGGAGUGGAUUGGAGCUGGACCUGCGGGCAUCUUUACCAGAGAAUGUGCAGAGGACAGCAGGGCUGAGGCCCUCUCUGCGGGAUGCUCCUGGGGUGCUAGAGGAAUAAGCAGAAGAGCUGCAGAAGCUGGAACUCAACAGGGUGAAGUUUGAGCUGUUUUCCAUUAAGCAGAAGCAGAUGGAGAGCUCCGUCACCCAGCUAGAGAAGGAAAAGAGCUGGUUGGACCUGUCCCGCUAUGAAGACCAGAAACAGAGAGGGGACCUGCAAGAGAAGAUCCUUAAUUUGGAGAUGGAGGUGGUGAAGGCCAAAUCCUGCUUGAGCAGAAUGAGCUGCCGCUCAGUCUCCCCAAGUCCCAGCCAGAGGCUGUCUGCGGAGAAGGAGGAGCUGAAUCGAGAAAUGACAGCUCUUCAAGAAACCCUGAGUGAUUACAAGGAGCACAUGAAGGUUCUGGAAGCAGAACGGGAUGAAAUGACCCAGCAGCUGAACUCAGCCAAAGAGGGGCAACAGCUGGCUUUCAGCCAGACCAGUGAGGCCAACCAGAGAGUGACAGACUCGUUCCAGGUGACAACAGCACUGCACAAGGAAAUUGGCAGACUCCAAGCGGCUUACAGCAGCACCAGUCGGGAGAAGGAGCUGCUGUCUUCCAAGGUGGCCAGGCUGGAGGAGAGAGUACCUGAGCUCACCAUGAAGCUGAAGCCUGCCCUGGCCAACAGGGAGAGGUUCCUAAAGGAGAAAGUAGAGCUGCACCAGCAGGUGCAGGAUCUCACCCUGCAGUUGGAACGUGCACAGUGGAGCCGAGAGGGAUUCAACAGCCAAGUGUCAGACCUCCACCUGGAGCUGGUGAAUGCCAAGGCCCAGGCCAACCACCAGGACCAGGAGAAGGUCCUGAUGAAGGAGGAACUGGUGACUCUCAGACAGGUAAAUGAACAGCUCUCCUCUGAACUGGGUCAGAGCCACCAGAGACUGGAGACCUCCAUGGGUCAGCUCUACCACCUGGAGGCUGAGAAGAAGAUCCUGACCAAUAGGAUCCAGGCCCUGGAGACUGAGCGCAUGCAGCUGCUGGGUGAACAGGAGGCGCUGAAGUCACAAAUGCAGAGGGAUCCUGGAGGCCAGGGGAUUGACUUGGCAGCUCUUCAAACGACCUGCGAAGGGCUCAGGGCAUCACAGUCCGUGUUGCAGGCGGAGAAGGAAGCCUUGCAGGCUCGCUGCAUGGAGCUGGAGGAUGCCUUGCAGCAUAAGCAGGAGGAGUUGUGUGGCCAGCUCGCAGAGCAGCAGCAGGUCUCCCAGCACUGGAAGGACAGAUGGAACCAGGCGGCCAUGGCCCUAAAAACCAAAGAGGAAGAACUGGAGCAAGCACACGUGGCGAGUCAGAGCUUGUCUGCCAAGCAUACUGAGCUCCUGGAGGACUGUGAGCUGCUCCAGGUGGAUGUGGAGGAGCUGGCCGAGCUGAGAGGCACUGUGUGCAGCCUGAAGGAAGAAAACAGAGACUUAAUGAGACAGCUGAGGGAGCAGCAACAGGCCACCCAGCUGCUACAGCUACAGCAAGAGCUGGCUACAAACACAUCUGUACUGGGAUCAGGCUCACAGAGGACUUCAGAACAAGAGGCCCUUUACAAAGAGAUCCAGGAAACCCACGACAGGAUAAAGAGGCUGGAGAAUGAAAAAGCUGAGAUGAAGUCCGAGAUCAGGAAACUGAAGCUGGACGGCGCUUCCGUCCUGCGGAUUGAACUGGAUGCCUGUAAGCAGGAGCUGGAGCUGGAAAAGAGCCGCAGUCAGGCUCUGAAUGGCAAAGUGCAGCUGCUGCAGUCCCGGCGCCGGGACAAUGCUACUCCACCACAUGAGCAGAUCAAGUUCCCAGCAGCCUCCAAUACCACAGCAACAUCUGGCUUAGAGAUGGAUUGUCCUGUGUCCUCUCCAAGAAGUUCUCAGAUUUCCAGUCCUCAAGGAGAACCGUUGGCCCUGGAGAGCCCCCGUGGCUUGAUGGCCUCAGGGGGCCUGUCUGAGGUGGAGAGCCUGAAGCAGAAGCUCCAGAGGGAGACUGCAUCCCGGCAGGAAAAGGAGGCACUGAUCUGGACUCUGAGAGAGCAAUUAGAAGAACUGAAACUAAAACAGCCAGGAGACAUCAAGCUUGUUGGCAGAGGGGUCCAAUGCCAGUUUUUCUCUCUCAUGCUUCAGGCCUCCCUGGAGGAAGUAGACACAGAGUUAGUGCUGGUCCGAAAAGAGCUGCAGAAGGUUUGGGACAUGCUGAAAACCCGUGAUACGGCACUGGAAGAACAACGGCUGGAGUUAGAAUCAUCCAGGAGCCAGUACACUGACUGCAGCUCAGAAAAGCUGAGACUGGAACAACUCGUCGCCUGUCUGGAGCACCAGCUGGCGGAGAGAGAACAGGCCUUGAGGCACCUUCAACAAGCAAGUGAGAUGGAAAAAAACAAGCUGGAGAUUCAAGCCUCUUCAUUAGAGCUGAAGCUGGCAGAAGUGGAGGUCCUGAGAGACGACGCCCAGCGACGCAACCAGGCAUCGGGCCCUCUAGAGGUACAGAACUCGGGCCCCAGGCAGGGCCGUGCCAGCCACUCCCAGGGGAAGUGCUCCCGGUGCGAUGCUUUUCUGGCCCAGCUGAACAAGAUGAUUCAAAGCUGUACAGAGAAAGGGGCUGUGCUGCAGGAGGACCAGGCCUUGACCUACCUGUGUGAGCUGCAGGGGCUCCUCAAGGGGCUGAGUCCGUGCGCGGCCAGCCAAGUCACAAGGAGCCCCCAGGAAAAGAGCCAGACCCUGGAACAGCAGCAUCAGUUGGUGACUGAGCAGCUCAAGGGCUUGUUCAGACAGAGGCAGCAGCUGCAGUCAGGGCACAGGAAGCUGCCAAGAGACCAGAAGGACGAGUGCUCAGUGGAGCAAUGGGUGAAGAACUCUCAAGUGAAUGCAAGAGGAGCCAUCAAGCCACACGGGAAACCUCCACAGGAGCUAAAAGAAAAGCAGCAGCCUGUGCCAGGAGAUCUGGGCUUCUCCACCAGCACCGAAGAAGCGCAGAGCCUCAGGCUACAACUGCAAGAGAAAACGGAAAUGAUUUCUGCCAUGGCCUCUGAGAUCCAGGGACUGCAGCAAAAGAACGAACACCUGAUGAAAGCGAAACUGCGGUUUCAGCAGCAAAUCCAGGACAUCCGCAGCCUCCAGCAGCAGCGACAGGAAAGGAGCGACUCAGACCUGCUGGUUCCUAGGCUCUCCAGCCAGCAAGAGCUGGAGUUGGGGCUGACCCACCGGAGCGAUGGCUCUGGACCUCUGACUGGCGGUGAUCCCCAUGCUUCCUCCUUCUGCCCCCCACACAGCAGAGCUGCUCUGUACCUAGCCAAGCAGGUGGUGCUGCCCGAGGCAGGAGACGAGCUGCGUUGCUUCAGUUCUGAAAGCAGUGGCAGCCAGUCCCACAGGUCCCAGGCAGGGUCAGAACUGCCAGCGCCGCCGCUGAGCAAGCUCCCUGCUGAUUCUGUGACUGGGAAGCUGCCUCCCCCUUCCACACUGCCCCUCCCAGCCUCCACCUCAGCAUCUGGCAAAUCCUCCCCCGAGGCGCGCUCCUCCCCAGUGAGCCCCCGGAGUCAGCCUGGAAGCCAGGAGUCCUCAUAUACUCCCAAGGGGGCAGUGCUGCUCUCGCCGAGACCCUUCCGGGCACAACGACUGGGCUCUCCCUUUAAAUUCAGAGUGAGCCCGGAGCCCCCAGGGGAGAGCUGUGGCAGCUGAAGCACCCUGUCCGUUGAGGUCAGACUAGAUGAUCACAACGGGCCUCUUCUGGCCUUGGAAUCUAUGAAUCCUGCAUGGCUGGGUACAUGUGGCUUUGAAUGAUCUGCUCUGUGCCCUCUCCUUGUCCUCUGAGCUGUUCGCCGUAGAGUCUGGCUGGUAAAUGAAUGAACAUAGCAUGUUCUCUUGGAACUGGCUGUUUCCCCCUGGCAGCGGGGAAAGGUGGUCUCCUGACCCCUUGGGUUGGAAUUCAGAUUAGGGGCAUUACAGGGGAGAGGCUGUUCUUGCACUAGCUGGGCAACUAAGUCCAACAGUCCUCGAUGCCUCGCCCCGCGCACCUGGGCCUCCUGGAGUUGGGAGCCACCAGUGUGGUCUGUGAGCAGCAAAUGGUUUGAUGUAUGCUACAGGUUCUUCCCCUGCCCUCCUUACCCGAGCAUUUGAGCACCUGCCGCUCAUGCAUUAAGGGAUUUGACUCACUUUUGCCACACAUAGUUCUUGCUUUCGCUCAUCUUCUCCUCAGGGGGAGAACUGUGCAGUGAAGUGUUGGGAAACAUACCCCCUGCUCUGUGUUUAUAUGGGGAAGGGAUGGUCAGAGGGGUGCGCCUGGCACCUAGACCACGAGGUAGGGAGGAUUGUGAUGGUCCUUGGGUUCAUCCCACAGUCUGAGGCUGGCCCCCAAGAGAGCUCUGCCUCCUGCAUAGCCGAGCCAAGCUUUACCCUGAAGUUAGGAAGUGCCUUGGUGCCAGAGGAGCAGAGCCCAGCCAGGCCCCAGCCCAGAGCUUUAGGUGAUCUUCUACAUAGGCUUCUUCUGUUCCCCCUGAGAUAGAGAGCUGCUUCUCCUUCCCUGGAAGCUCAACCUCCUGAGGGAGAGAAGGCCUUAGAUAGAGUACCUCAAGCUACACCAGCUGCACUGCUCAGCUGCUGCACUGAGGAACAGGCAGCAGAGCAGGCCCUCGUAGCUCUCUGCCUCCAGUUCCCUCGUCCCUAGCAGCCCUGCCUUCAGAGUCAUCAGGCAGUGAUCACCGGAUGGGCCGACCUUUUGCACUGUAAGCCAGAUCUCCCUUACUGCUCACCGCUGUGCUGCUGCAGCCCUUCCAAAGAGCUGGAAGAGUUGGUGGAGGGGGCAGGUGCCCCACUGGCAGUGUUUGGGUUUCCCAGGGAAGUGGGGUUCAGUGGUGGGCAGCUAAGGAUUGUCAGCAUAGUCACAGAUGGAUUUGAUUUUUGUGAAGGCCUGAUGCCCUCUGGAGCAGGCCUUGAUCCUCUCCCCCAGCUCUCCGUGCUGCCCUGUGCUUGCUGUGAAAACCCCUUGGCAUCGGGCACCGAUCGCUAUCCCCGCAUCUGAUUUCUGGGGUGGGAGCGAAUCCCCACUCUCACUAUUCUGCUUCCUGUGUGGAUAAUGUGUCUGUCUUCC